CCCUCGCUCACUUCCCUUCGUCCUACUCCGCAGCAAGCCAAGGGAUAGAAGAGGAAGCAGCUCACUCCAAACCCUCCUCCCUCUGUGAUGGCCAUGGCGACCUCCACUUUCUCCCCGCGCCCCACCUCCCUGGGCCCCGUCAAGACCCUGCAGGCCGGCGCCAAGCCCCACCUCCUCUCCUUCCCCCGCCUCCGCGCUGGCCACCUCGCGCGCGCCGCCGCCGCUGGGGAGGCGCCCGUCGAGGCGCCGCCAAAGCAACAGGAGGUGGAGCCGUCCCCUGCCGCGGCGUCCAACGGGGCCGCCGUCGCGGCCGAGGCUCCCUUGGCCGUCGCGGCCGAGGCGGCGCCGGUGCCGAGGUUCCGCGACGCGAGGUGGGUGAACGGGACGUGGGACCUCAGCCAGUUCGAGAAGGGCGGCGCCGUCGACUGGGACGCCGUCAUCGACGCCGAGGCCAGGAGAAGGAAAUGGCUUGAAGAUUAUCCAGAGGCCACUAAUACGGAUGAGGCCGUUGUCUUUGAUACUUCAAUUAUACCAUGGUGGGCAUGGAUGAAGCGGUUCCACCUCCCUGAAGCCGAGAAGCUAAAUGGUCGUGCUGCCAUGGUCGGCUUCUUCAUGGCGUACUUCGUUGAUAGCUUGACGGGUGUGGGGCUUGUUGACCAAAUGGGGAACUUUUUCUGCAAAACCCUGCUGUUUGUUGCUGUGGCGAGUGUAUUGUUGAUCAGGAAAAAUGAGGACCUUGACUCACUGAAGAAGAUUGUGGAUGAAACGACGUUCUAUGACAAGCAAUGGCAGGCAACUUGGCAAGAGGAUUCCCCUGCUGAGCCAAAGUAGUUCAGCUUUGGAUAUGAAUGUUUUACUAUGUUGUAUUUCGUUCUUCGGCAUUUUGUUUCCCGGUUCAGCGAGGCUCGGAACAUUUUGAUGCACCUGAUACCUAUGCCGUCUUGUAAAAAGUAUGAACUCACCUGUGCUAGAGAUAAUUUUGCCGUUGGUUCAUUAGUUUAA